AUGGCCAAACUGCUACCUGCCAUGUCUAGCUCUACUGCGGCAGUCGCAUCUGCAACGCCGUUUCAAGAGGAGGCAUUGGAAAAACCAGUUCAAUCAAGCAAGGCGUGGAUCGCUGGUGCCGUUCUCGGCCCUGUGUUGGGAGUCUUGGCUGCCGGCAUUGUAUUCUGGUGUUUGCAACGUCGGCAAACAAAAGCAGCACAAUUCAAUCAACCAGGGCCAUUUUUAGCAGGCAUGAGCUCGCGGAGACAAGAUUUUUCUCCGGCGCAGGAGAUGGACUCGGUUGCUUAUCCGCGUGUCCACGAGCUUAGCUCGUACAAAUGA